AUGGUGAAAAAGCAGACAAGUAUGGGUAACAUUUCAGAAGAAAUUGAAGAUGAACUUAGCACAUUGCCCAAUAUGCAGUUAAGCCAGCUGUAUUUCCAGUUGCAACACCAACAUGUGACCAACUCGACCGUAGAUAUAGCAGCCAAGCAACAAAUGAUAGACAUCAUUCAAAAGAAUAAUAUGGCUCCUUUCUAUCGUCUUGUGUGUCAUGAAUUCCAGUGGCCCGUGGAUACGAUACUGGAAACCGAAAUGAGUGACAAGAAUGCCCACGAGCUAAUACAAUUAGAUGAACGUCUGGCCGAUGCUGAGCAGAAUUUAGGCGACAUUGAAGUUCUAGAAGCUCUCCUGACUAAGGCAAGGAUGUACUCAAGAAUUGGCGAUAAAGACAAGGCGCUGGAGGCUUUUGCUGUAGCUGGAGAAAAGCCUCAGUCUAUUAACCAAAAAAUUCUGGUUGCACUGCACGUUAUCCGCAUCGGCCUUUUCUUCUCCGAUCUUGAGCUGGUGGAACAACAUAUUAAAAAGGCUGCAGUGUUGGUGGAUGAAGGAGGCGACUGGGACCGACGCAACCGUCUCAAAGUGUACGAAGGAUGCUAUUCGCUCAUGGCACGCGACUUUUCGAAGGCGUCCAAGCUGUUUCAAGAGUCGGUGGCAACGUUCACUGCAACGGAAUUGAUGCCAUACAAUACAAUGGUGUUCUACUGCGUUAUCACAUGUGUGCUCAGCAUGAGUCGAGUGGAUUUGAAGAAGAAGAUUGUAGACUCACCCGAAAUUUUGGCGGUCAUUAACGAGAUUCCGUUCCUGACAAGCUUUCUAAACGGAGUGUACGACUGCGAUUACAAGAAAUUCUUUAUCGCCAUGGUGGACAUCCAGCCGUAUAUUCUACGCGACAAGUACCUCUCAACGCACUCUCGCUUCUUGUAUCGCGAGCUGCGUGUACUUGUCUAUGCUCAGUUCUUGGAAGCCUACCGCAGUGUGACCAUUGCAUCAAUGGCAGCCGCUUUUGGUGUAAGCGUUGAAUUUUUAGACACAGAGCUUGCACGGUUCAUAGCGGCUGGCCGUCUGAAUGCCAAAAUUGACAAGGUUGCUGGUGUGAUUGAGACUAAUCGUCCUGAUGCCAAGAAUGCGCAGUACCAGGACGCGAUCAAGAAGGGCGAUUUGUUGCUUAACCGCAUUCAAAAGCUUGCGCGAGUUAUCAACGUCUAA